AACUGUUUUAGAUUGUUAAUCUGUUGCGACUUCAAAAUUCUACUAAAUUCUUUUCCACAAGUAAAGUUUAUCAAAAUUAUAAUUUUCGAUUAAAUGAUACUCAGAAGGAAAUGCAUGAAAUCGCACAAAAGUUCACUAGAGAAGAAAUUAUACCAGUAGCAGCUGAAUAUGACCGCAAUGGAAAUUAUCCCUGGGAUAUUGUUAAAAAAGCUUGGGCUUUAGGACUUAUAAAUCACCAUAUUCCUCAAAGUUGUGGUGGCCUUGAAUUUGGUAUUUUCGAUGGUUGUGUUGUAAGUGAAGCUAUUGCUUAUGGUUGCACAGGGAUUAAAACUGCUUUAGAAGCAUCAGGACUUGCACAAACACCUGUUAUCUUAGCUGGAAAUAAAGAACAACAAAAAAAGUAUCUUGGAAGAUUAAUUGAAGAGCCAUUAGUAGCAGCAUACUGUGUUACGGAACCAGGUGCAGGAUCUGAUGUAGCUGGUAUAAAAACUAAGGCAGUAAAAAAGGGUAAAGAAUGGAUCAUUAAUGGAACAAAAAUGUGGAUUACCAAUGGAGGAGUUGCAAAUUGGUACUUUGUUUUAACAAGAACAAAUUCAGAUCCAAAAGUUCCUGCCAGUAAAGCUUUUACAGCAUUUAUUAUUGAUCGUGAUAGUGAUGGUUUAACUCCUGGUCGUAAAGAAAUAAAUAUGGGUCAAAGAGCUUCAGAUACUCGUAUGGUUACUUUUGAAGAUGUUAGAGUUCCGGAAGAAAAUGUGUUACUUAAAGAAGGUGCUGGAUUCAAAAUAGCUAUGGGGACUUUUGAUAAGACGAGACCUGCAGUUGCUUGUGGUGCUGUUGGUUUGGCUCAACGAGCACUGGAUGAAGCUACAAAAUAUGCAUUAGAGCGUAAAACAUUCAAUAAACCUAUCGCUGAUCAUCAAGCUGUAGCAUUCUUGCUUGCUGAUAUGGCAAUUGGUAUUGAGACUGCAAGGUUGGCUUGGAUGAAAUCUGCAUGGGCAAUUGACAACAAUGAUCCAAGUGGAUCUAUGCUUGCCAGUAUUGCAAAAUGUUAUGGUGCAGAUGUUGCAAAUAAAUGUGCAACUAAUGCUGUUCAGAUUUUUGGUGGCGCUGGUUUUAAUACUGAAUAUCCAGUAGAAAAACUAAUGAGAGAUGCUAAAAUAUAUCAAAUCUAUGAGGGAACGGCACAGAUUCAAAGACUUAUUAUAUCACGACAUCUUUUUGCUAAAGCAAAACACGGAGGAAGUUAAUCAUUUAUAUUUAAAUGCUUAUACAUUAUUUAAGCUAUUUUACAUUAAAUUAAAGAAUGAAAAUUUUACAAAAGUAUCAAUACAACUGCAAUAGUCAAUAUAUUUGUGGAUAUAUAUAAUUUUUUUAAUUACUUU